GCGGCCCGGCCUUCCGGCGCUCAGGGCGCACCCGCCGCGCAACCUGGGGGCCCGGACCGCCCCCUUCCCGCCUCCGCCUGGACCCCGGCGCCAGGAUCGCGCCCCACCCCGCCACAGGCUCCGCCCUCCUCCCCGCCCCUGGGCCGGCGGCUUCCCGCCACGGCCCAGCCAGCGGGCGGGGGAGCGGGGGGACGGGGCGGCGGGACAACCCGGCCUCGCCUGUCUCUCUCGGGCGCCUUCCCCGCUGCGGUGCCCGUCCUCGGCCCGUCUCUCCUUCACCCGCCGCAGCCCUGGAGGGGAUCCGGUAAGAGACAAUGAAAUAGCUGUCUCGGAGCAGAAGGCUGCCAUCAGAUCUGGUUCCUGUGGACUGGUUCUUGCUUGAGGACUGGGUCGUCACCCCAUGGGAACUCAUCUGUCCUCAGUGAGGGUGCCCUUCAUUUAGCUGGGCUGCUGGCACCUACCUCCUGGUCCCAUACUGGUUUCUGGACAUAUUUGGAAACUCAUUUGUACCCUGCCUGAAUGUCCCCGCCAUGAGAGAGUCAUCCAGAGGCCACCCUCCCUGGGAGGAGGGAACAAUCUGCAAGGUUAAGUCUGCCCAGGGCUCAGCUGUGCUCGCAUGGACCUGACAGAGACCCGACAGCGGAGGCUGGAGGACCUAGGGCAGCCACAUGCCCUCAGCACAGGAGUACUUCCUGCACCCUCAGAAGAUGGACGUCUGAGUGUAUCCGAGAGCCGCAGGGUGGCCCCUAAAGCACUAGGGACGGAGCUUAGCAGGGAGACUGCCUUGUCCAUCAGCCUUCAGGUGACAGUGCCCUUCCUCCUUGCAGGCCUGGGACUGUCUGGGGCUGGCAUACUUCUGAACAGUUUCCAGCACUGGCCUGUGUUUGUGGAAGUUAAAGACCUGUUGACGCUGGUGCCGCCCCUGGUGGGCCUGAAAGGGAAUCUGGAGAUGACGCUGGCAUCACGCCUCUCCACAGCUGCCAACACUGGACAAAUUGAUGCACCCCGGGAGCAGCACAAAGUCAUCGGCAGCAACCUCGCCCUCAUUCAGUUGCAGGCCACCGUCGUGGGACUCCUGGCUGCCGUGGCCGCCCUGCUGCUGGGCGUGGCAUCUAGGGAGGAGUUAGACUUCACGAAGGUGGAGCUGCUGUGUGCCAGCAGCAUCCUCACCGCCUUCCUCGCGGCCCUGGCCCUAGGAAUGCUGAUGGUCUGUGUAGUGAUCGGUGCACGAAAGCUGGGGGUCAACCCGGACAACAUUGCCACACCCAUUGCAGCCAGCCUGGGAGAUCUCAUCACGUUGUCCAUUCUGGCUUUUGUUAGCAGCUUCUUCUAUAAACACAGAGACAGUUGGUAUCUGAUGCCACUGGUCUGCAUUGGCUUCAUAGCCCUGACCCCUGUUUGGGUCCUCAUUGUCAAGCAGAACCCACCCGUCAUGAAGAUCCUGAAGUUCGGAUGGUUACCAAUCAUCCUAGCGAUGGUCAUCAGCAGUUUUGGAGGGCUCAUCUUGAACAAAACCAUUUCUAAGCGGCAGUACAAUGGCAUGGCCAUAUUUACUCCCAUCAUAUGUGGUGUUGGUGGCAAUCUGGUGGCCAUUCAGACCAGCCGGAUCUCCACCUUCCUGCACAUGUGGAGCACACCUGGGGUCCUACCUCUCUGUAUGAAAAAAUUCUGGCCCAACCUGUGUUCCAUUUUCUGCACCUCAGAAAUCAAUUCCAUGUCAGCCCGAGUGCUGCUUUUCCUGGCAGUCCCAGGCCAUCUCAUUUUCUUCUAUAUCAUCUACCUGGUAGAAGGCCCUUCAGUCCCACACAGCAAGACCUUCAUGGUAUUCUACCUGUUGGCAGGCCUGGUCCAGGUAAGGACAGCUGUCGUGGAAGUCAGCCAGCAAGCUUUGUCCCCAUCCUGGCAGAGAUGCUUGUGGUGGUGUAGGGGCGGGGGGGUCUCCUGGACACACAGGGCACAGUCCCCAUCUUCCAGGAGUCGAGUCACCUUGUUCAUGCCCAAGGGCAUGAUCCACAGAGGCCACUGCACACUUUGUGCUACACAUGGCACACAGCACACUCCGCGCCAGAGGUUCCAAGGAGUGGGCUGAGGGUGUGCUGAGUUGCCGUGAAGCAAGCUGAUGAGCAGAUCCAGCUGUUGAACUGGGCCACAUGGGUCAUUCAUCCCAGGGUGGGCAGGGGCGAGGCCCCUGGUGGUCUGGGUGGGCUUUAGUCUGGGCCAGAUGGUGAUCAGGACAUGAUGAAAGUGAUCCAGCUGGCACCUGCCUGGGGUGGCAUCAGCAGGCAUCUG